AAUUUCAAUUCAAUUUUAUUUAUAUAGCGCCAAAUCACAACAACAGUUAUCUCACAGCGCUUUUCAUAAAAGAGCAGGUCUAGACCGUACUCUGUGAUGAUAACCGUGUUCAUUGAUGUUUUACAAUUGUAUUUUGAAAAUUUACCGCAUUCUUUAUGCUGCGUCUCACUUCCUGCCUGGUUUGGCUUUAUGCUGCUUGACGUGGCUUCCGUCAGAAACUGGACUGACUACCUAUUCUCUGCAGUGCGGAGAGCCGGUCUGGGAGGCUUCUCGGAUGCGCUGUGGCCGCAUCUGGUGAACUCACAAGCAUUAACUAGAAUGGCCACAAUUAGCUCUGGCAACCGCGAUGCAGCUGUAACACCAUGCUUAAGCCUACUCUUAAAUGUGGAGAUGGUGUCUGCCUCCUGAACCCAAACUGGAACCUGGUUCCACAGGAGAGGAGCUUGAUAGCUGAACGCUCUGGCUCCCAUUCUACUUCGGAGACUAUCAAAUGCAGCGCUGAGAUCUAAUAAAACCAGUGUAGAGACAAGUCUGAUGCAUUAGGAGGUCAUAAGUAAUUUUCACCAGCGCUGUCUCUGUGCACUCUAAAUCCUGACUGAUUUACACUGUGAAGUAUCACCAAAUGUUUAUUUGAAUUCACAAAGACUGUGAAGUAAAAACGAGUUGUUUUGUAGAUGUUUAGUGGUGAAUGCUAAUGACAUGUAUUAUCAAUGAUAAACCACCCUAAGAUGUUUCAGAGGGUACAAGUGCUCUUAAGUGUGUGUAUGUCUGUGUGAGUUUGAGUGUGUGUGAGGGGCGUUAAUGGAUGCUGAUAAGCCACCGGGAGGGCAACACUGAUAAGCUGCUGCAUGUUAACUCAUAGUCUACAAUGUGUGUGUGUGUGCAUGUGUAUAUACAUAUAAUCAAUAUCAUGUAUUAUGUACAGAAUGUAUUAUAGGUGUAAACUAAGGUCAUUUUUUAGACUCCUGCAUGUUUACAUGUGUUUUUUCAACAACAAUGAUGACGAGGUUCCCUCGUUUUCUCUUUUCCUUCUCAUACACUGUCACUGUCCUCCUUCUUUCUCUGUAGAUAGACAGAAAAGGUGGAGCUAAAGGGAACCUCUACUAUAAAGGAGGGGUACACGCUGUCCACGAACACGCUUCUUUAUCCAACGUGCACAUUUUUACAUUGUUUAUCAACCAAAUCUCAACAGCUUUUUCCCAUGUUUCGUUGGCACACUUUACAUUGACCAUGCUGACUUUCACAUGGAUGUGUCCACAGUUAACGUGCAGGAAAAUGGUAGAAUUAAUGAUAUGACUGAAUUAGAAGUCCCAGGCGUGGGGGAGCAUCCCCCGCCGUACAUGAUCUUUGUGGUAGUCUUCCUCUUCUUCCUUACCGGACUGUUCGGCUUCCUCAUCUGCCACCUGCUGAAGAAGAAGGGCUACCGCUGCCGCACCGGAGACAUGGACGAUGAAGAGGAGGAGGAGGAGAAGCUUGGAGGAAAUAAAGAUGAAGAGGAUGAAGAGAACCAGGAUACAGUGGAGCAGAUCCUCAAAUGCAUUAUUGAAAAUGAAGCUAACAUGGAAGCUUUCAAUGAGAUGUUGGGAAACCACAAUGUCUGUUUGCGCCACGACCCCAGGUUGCGUAAGGAGUCUAUUGGUGGUGUUCCUCCACAUCACCACACAGUCCACUCAGGCACCGACCACAACUCCUGCCACCUCUGUGCUCAGGUCCGAUCAAAAAAGGGCCGCCGUCAAAGUCGAACCCCCCGCUCCAAACAACGACCUGGAGAACAGACUGUCUUCUCUGUUGGCAGGUUCCGAGUGACACACACUGAUAAGAAGCUCCAUGGAAGUCCUCAUCUGUUUGUCAGUUCAGGGGAUCAGCUGGACCAAUCCCAGGACAGUGAGGAGCGGAAGGAGGGCGUUUACAAUCUGAGAAGCAUGUUCAAGGAUGUGCGACCGCCUUCAGAGAGCUCCAAUGGGGUUGCUUCAAGUGUGGGGAAACGUAGAAAGAGUGUAAGCAUAUUCGGGCUGAGGCGGGGCAGUGACCCUGUUGGCAUUAAAGUAGGAGAGGAGACAUGUGGGGAGACCGGAGGUGUUAGAUUCGCUGUUCAUCAGCAACCUGUAGUGCUGGAGGAACUGUUGCACUCCGAGAACAUUGGAGUUGCCUCUGAAAUUAUUACUAAACCUGGUAUCAAUUCUGAAAUUGAGUUCUCAAAAAAUCAAACACCUGCUUCACCUCAAUGUGAGGCUAAAAAUUCAGGUUCUGUUAAUUCUCCCUCUUCCCAAAGUAAGAAUCAGGCCCAUGAGUCUAACUCUGCUCUUGUAGAUGGCUCUAAACAUGGGCCCAGUCUUGAACUUCAUAUAAACCUUAUGAUCAAACCUUCUAUUGGGAGUACAGCGGCUUCUGCCCCCAGCUCUCUUCCUCUUCCAUCUCCUGCUUCAUCUGGACAGAUUUUUAAGACAACAGAGAAACAAGGAGAUCUCGAGAAUAAGGUGUUAAAAAAUGAGUCAUAUGAUCCUGGGCCACAACAGACCUCUACACCCAUUGCCCCCAUGCCUGGAUCUAUUCCAAGUUUCACUCCUGUCAUUCCUAGAGGUCAACCCGAUCCCUUUCCUAGCACAUGUUUUCUAGUUAACCAAACUCCCCCUGACCCAAGCUCCAGCACAGAUUUGAAACCAGUUUUAGGUGCUAGUCUAGCUUUAAUAAGCCAAGGUUCAUCCCCUUCAUCUUCAUUCCCAAUCAAGACUCCCUCUUCAGCCUCUUCAUUAAAAACUUCUACCUCAACCCUGGCUGUCACACUCAGCCCCAAACUAAGCUCAAGGAACAUGCCAUCAGAGGCUGCACAAACUACCAUUUCACCUCCACUCCCAUCAGGCCAAGGGAUGUCUAGCCAAUGCCCUAUUCCAUCUUCAUUCUUUGAAAAAAGCACUAGUCCAUUACAGGCCGGAAAUCCCUCACCUGCUCUUACUGCUAGCCCCAAACUCAACAAUAUACCUGUAUCACUCACAACCCCUUUUUCUUCUCCAGCUGAUAAAAAACUAUCCAUGGGUUCACCUUGUCUGUCAGGAGGUGUAACAUCAAUGACCAAAGGGGAUAUGGUUUCAAGCCAGUUAUCUCUAAAAGAACAAGAGCUAGAAACAGACAGAAUCCCAAGGGCAGUAGAAAAGACAGAAAUAAGGAGGGUUGGGAUUCUCAAAACAGCUACACUUUCACCAGUUGAGGGAGAUUCUAAAGGUUUUCCCCAGUCCUGUCCUACUGAUCAGCUAGAAAGACUGAACAGUUUGCCUCUAUCACCUAUAAGGAUCAGAAAAAGUAGUGUGAGCAUUGUCAAAGCCAGCCUUGAUAGCAAGAGAGAGUUUUCUGAUGUCACUAUGCUGGAAAGUUCGACUUCAAUAUCAGACCAGAAAGGACAGACCUCUGAAUUUGGGGUUAAAUCAAAAAAGGCCAGAAUUAUCGCAGCAGUAGGUCAGGAAGGAGAGCUUUCUGUUUCAGGUGUUGGACAACCUGAAAGUCAAAGUGGAGAGAGUUCUGCAGCCGAGGUUAGGCCAAUGGUAAGCAAAGAGAAGGAUGAUAUGGUGGAAAUGGAAGAUAUUAGGGACUGCAAAGUGAAGCAGGUGGAAGAAGCAGAGAGAAUAGAGGAAAAAUUGUAGAAGUUGGGGAAGAUUUAGUUGAAACAGCAUUGAUAGGUUGUGUCUCAUUUAGCGUCUCAGGUUGCUGCUGCAAUGGAAAACGGAGGAAGGCGGGCCAAAACCAUGUUGAGUAGAGUCGAGGCAAGGCGAGUUGAGCUGGUACCAGUAAUGGAAAGUGAUAAAAUAACAGGGGGAUGGCUGACUGGGAAACCUGGACCCCAUCCAGUUGGGCUUCCUUGUACUUUGCUUAUUUUCUGGCCCCUUGAACUGAUUUUUAGGGCCAUUUCUCUGAAAUAAUGUACAAUUAUUACAUUAAAUUGUCCAAAAAAAAAGAAAA